AUGUGCUCAGUAACAUGUGCUCUCACACUGGGCUGGACAACCACCAUUGCACUGAUGGGUACGGAUGCUUUUGUGCUGCCAGCCCUGCUGCAGCAGCGAACCUUGGCGACUACUAGUAGGAUGGUGACACAGGCGGACCGAGAUCACCAUCGCUUGCCGGCGCCGGAAGAGACCACCACGUCUCACCGCGUGGUGUUCCUUAGGCAUGGGGAGUCGACUUGGAAUAGAGACGAUCGACACAUAGGUUGGACAGACGUCCCGCUUACCGAAAAGGGCGAACACGAAGCUCUGCUGGCCGGGAGAGCUUUGCGGAAGGAAGGCUUCGAGUUCGAUGUGGUGUUUGCAUCGGUGCUCAAGCGGGUGCUCAAAACGGAGCACAUCGUGAUGGACGAACUCGACCAGCUUUGGGUGCCGGAGAUCAAGGACUACCGACUCAACGAGCGACACUACGGGGACUGCAUAGGUAAGACAAAGCCGGAGGCGGAGGAGGCUUUCGGAAAGGAGAAUGUGGCGCUCUGGGCGUCGAGCUAUGACGUUGCCCCGCAUCCGAUGAGCACUGACGGGCUUUACUACCCCAAGGACGACCGACGGUACCAACACGUCGUCGACGAAGUUGGAGCCUGCGCGAUACCCCGGACGGAGUGCAUGAAGGAUGUGUCCCGCCGCGUGGUGGGGUACUGGGAGGAGGAAAUAGCGCCGGUCGUGAGGAGCGGGAAGCGCGUGCUAGUAGCGGGACACGCAAAUAUGCUCAAGACUCUGCUACAGCACCUCGACGGCAUACCCGACGACGCGAUUGUCGCGAUGAAGGUUCCUCGCGCAACUCCCAUUGUCUACGACCUGGGCGCAGAUAUGAAACCGUUGCGAUCACCCCUACCCGACACGCUGUUGAGCGCCGAGCUCUUGUCGGUUCACGGUGCUCCCGCCCGCAUGGCGGCCGCGGACGGAGAAGUGAACGCGUUUUAGAGGGGAUAUGGCUGUUGUUCCGUUUGGAGUGUCCCCCGCAAGUAUUUUGGCAGUUUAGCCCCGAGGGUUGUUUUCGCUCCCGUCAUGGGGACGACACACCAUAUCCGUUAGAUAGUGGCGCCAGCGAUAGAAACCGUUAAUUUGUUGUGUUGAGCCAGGCACCAAUGGCAGUGCGUGGCGCCCUCCAGUCCUGUGUUGGCUGGAACUGUCCUGUAAAAAUGGUCCUCUGUCCUGCGAGUAUUUGGUACGUAAAAUAAGUCGUGCAGGCUCAGACGAUUUGUUCGUCGCGUAUCAGGCGGAAGCUGGUAACUUAUAAGAGACUAGAAUGCCCGGCCCCAGCGCAGCACAUGGUGUUGUGCGAACUGGCAGACUGGGGGGGGGAUGGAUUUGCAGCAGUACCUCCUUUUGCGUGUAACCGCUGUGUCGCGCAUAUACACUGUGUACAUGGUGCGUUGCUCUUCUGUUGUCCUCUUGUUGUAGCCGGCCUACCUUUGGGGGCAAACUCGCCAAUUCGAAUUUGAGUUACAAUGAUGGAGUGUGUGAUCGCAUUGUCAAUAGGAUUGUCAACGAAUGGUUGAUAUUGAGAAGGAUACCCUAAUGUAGAAUGUAAAAUACGGUAUGAUAGAGCAGGGAUAUAAAAAAGGGGAACUCACAUGGGUAAAUGUGACUCACAUGGGUAAAUGUGACAAUACGACGACACGGACAUGGUAUCUUGUGUGAUCAUGUGUCGUUCGCGCACAUUCACACAAAAACAUGCUUUUGGGAGUGACGAAGGAAAGGGAAAGGGAAGAAAGGAGGACGAAGACGACGAUGGAGCAGGAAAACAUGGAGGAGUGGAAGA